CUGCUGCACUCGUCCCUUUUUUUCGAGCCUGUGAUUUGAACCUCUGGAAAUUGAUCGAGAGUGCUGGCCCGUGUUUCUUUGGCCGCGACUCACUCGCUCACAUGAUGGACGUCCAACUUGGACCGAGCUCGGCAGCUGGCGCCGGCGGCUUCUACCACCAGCAUGGCGGUGGCGGUAGCGGUAGCACUUCAGGCCUAACGCUGGACUUUGAUCCCUCCUCCACCGCUGCCGCCACUGGCCCAUCACAAGCGAGUUAUCACAUCCCAGUAGCACCACCGCCACCAACGCAGCCGGCCUCACUCAUCGACCAGCAGCAGCGCAAUGCACCGCUCCAGGGAAAGAUGCGCAAGCGAAAGGCCGAGACGCAGGACAACGAGCGCCUCUCCAAGCGACUGAGCCUGCUCAACCUGGAGCAGAACGGCCACCAGAGGCUCUACGUCCCCGUCGAGAGCCCCCAGCUCAAGCCCCGGGCCGACACCUCCUCGUCCCUGCGGCAGAUCCCCGGCGACGACCAGAUGCAGCUCGACGAGUCCAAGCACAAGGUCUACAUCUACGACCUCGACGCCGAGCUGUCCGAUGGCGAGUCCUCGUCUGAUGAGGCCAAACUCGUCUUCCUCCCCGACAUCGCGAACCACCUGCGCGCCCAGAGCCGCAUACCACCGCGCAUCUUGGCGAAUAGCGACGGCGAGCUUGCCGGCAUGCAGUUGGUCCUGUACAGCGAGCCCAAGUCCCUCACUGUCCCCGAGGAGCAGGAUAGCGUCAGGAAAGCCAUUGUGGAAGCGCGUGCACGCAUAAGGAGGAAACAGAAAGGUGAGGACGUGGAUGACGACGGUGACAUUGAUGUUACGUCCUCGAGCAUGGACAUCGAAGACAUCCCCGACCGACGGACGCCGAAUGGACUGAACAACUUGGCCAAUGAUUCUCUCCCGCAAUCUCAAAUCACGGUACCUUAUCUACAGGACUGCAGUCUGCCAACAUCAAUUGACCUUUGAACGAUGGUAUGAUUGGUUAGCCAUGUGUUAUACCACUCGUGUAUAAUUUGUAUUUUCAUUAUGCUGUUGAUGGAUUUGAUUUCACAGGCGAAACAGUCUUAGCGAUGGUGUUGGGGGUUUAUCAGGUCAUCGAGCCUCGGGGCCGUUUGAUCAGUAUCUAGCUGUUAAUUUAUUGUCUAUUCCUGAUAGCACAUCAUCCGGCCGCAUACGGACUAGUUGGCAGUGAUCACGCGCCACGGUAUACACUCCUCUGGCCAGGUAUUCUAGCUCUACAGGUCAUUAGCCACCCAGCAGCAAUCUCUAUGGUGGUACCAAACUCCAGCAGUAUGUACACCCGUGUCAAUUCUUGCAACAGGUCAGCCCGCAAAUCAAAGCA